UCCAUAUCGAUACCACUCCUUGAAUACUAUCUUAAUCUUAUCAGUUUUUCCAAAACAUGUAAUUGAAGUCAGUAUCCCCUGAAGAAUGGAUUCUGUCUAAACGGUCAUUUAUUCAUGUUAAAUUCUUGUUUUUACAUGUUUUGUAAUUGAAUUUUCAUGUUGUCUAUAAAUGAAAUAAACUAGCUUGUAAAACUAUGAUUUUAAUUAAGAAUCAAGUGGUGUAGAACAAUUAAAUCAAAUUCACUUCUCUUAUUUAGCUUGUCAUUGCUGAGUGCAUCAAGACGACAAUUACAUACUGUUUUCAGUUUUUCUCAAUGGCAGUCUUGUAUUUACUGUACUUCUACUUAAUGUGGCCGCUGUUUUAAAUUAGUGGACCCGCAAAAUUGUUCCAAAUUAAGUAGAAGUACAGUACCAGUUUGGUGUCAAUAGCCAGGUAGAUGUUUCAAAUUUUCAACUGUGACAUAGUAGACUUAGAUAAAGUAAACACUUCAACUCAGACAUUCAAUACUGCACAAUAUUACAUGCACAUGAAAAAUGGCUCCUAUUAAACUACAUGGGGACUUUCUGUCUCAGCCUGUAAGGGCAGUCGGAUUAAUGCUGAAAGCAAACAGCAUCGACUUUGAUUUUGUAUCUGUUCCUUUGGUACCAGUUCGCACAACUCGAACAGAAGAAUAUGCAGCAGUUAACCCAUUUAAAACAGUACCAACUCUUGAAGUGGAAGGCUUGAUGAACAUCUGUGAGAGCUCUGCUGCUCUACAGUACCUGGCAGAACUUGAAGGAAUACCAGAACAUUGGUACCCUAGAAGCGGGAAGGGGAGAGCCCUGGUAAACACAUAUCUUGCAUGGCAUGGACCAAGCAUGAGGAAGAAUGCAUCUGGUUACUUUGUUACUAGUUUUGUAGGGCCUGCAUUCUUUAACUUAACAUUUACCGAAGACCAAGUGAAAGAAGCCAGAGUCGGAUUUGAGGCUAUGCUUGACCAGCUUGAAAAUAUCUGGUUGAGGGAAACAUCAUAUUUGGCUGGGAAUGACAUCACAAUAGCAGAUUUACAAUGUGUCACAGAGCUCAACCAGGUUGGAACGACUGGUUAUGACAUGGUGAAAAACAGACCUAAGUUGGCAGGCUGGAUUCAAAGGGUUGAGGCAAAGUUACAGCCACAUUUUGAUGCAAUGUGCAAAGAGCCGUUUGGGAAAUUAGAAGAAGCAUUUAAGAAAUUUAAUGAAGCAAAAUAACACUGAAGUAUACAAACUAUGGAACACUAACUCUAAUGAGCCAAAUGUGGUUCAUGUUAGCCGAUUUUAAAAAAUCCUCUAAGUGAUAUCUGGCAGUGUUAUGAAUUUAAUUAAAAGAAUCAACAGGCCAGGCUUGUGAAUGGAUGUGUGACCUAGAUUAGAACAUAGCAAAUAAUCAUGCGCCAUAAAAUUUGAAGUUUUACUUGUCAUAGAGGACACUGUGACAAUAGUUUUGAAAUGAAUAAAAUAUGAAUCAAAAAUGAA